AUGUUCCCCUCAAAUGUCACCAAGUUCCACCCUCUGUCUUUCCUGCUGCUGGGAGUCCCAGGCCUAGAAAAAAUGCACAUUUGGAUCGGAUUUCCCUUUUUUUCCGCAUAUUUGAUUGCCCUCGUGGGGAACAACAUUAUUCUGUUUGUGAUCAAGAGUGAACACAGUCUUCAUCAGCCUAUGUUUUACUUCUUGGCUAUGUUAGCCUUCAUUGACCUGGGUCUGUCCACAUCCACAAUCCCCAAGAUGUUGAGCAUAUUCUGGUUUAAUUUAAGGGAAAUUAGCUUUGGGGGUUGUGUCACCCACAUGUUCUUCAUUCAUAUAUUCACUGCUAUGGAGACUGUCGUAUUGGUUGCCAUGGCCUUUGAUCGCUACGUUGCCAUCUGCAACCCUCUGCGAUACAGUCUGAUUCUCACCAGCAGAACUAUUGGCCUCAUCCUCAUUGUGGUGUUUGGUGUUAAUUUCAUUUUGGUUGUCCCUCUGGUGUUUCUUAUCUUGAGGCUUCCCUUCUGUGGACACCAUAUAAUCCCCCACAUAUGUGAGCACAUGGGAAUCGCUCGGCUGGCUUGUGCCAAUAUAAAGGUAAAUGUAGUAUUUGGAUUGAUUCUUAUAUCAAUGGUACUUGUUGAUGUGGUUCUGAUUGUCAUCUCCUAUGUGAGAAUACUCCGGGCUGUCUUCUGCCUUCCUUCUCAGGAUGCCAGACGCAAAGCACUCAAUACCUGUGGCUCCCAUAUCUGUGUUAUUUUAGCCUUCUUCAUGCCAGCUUUUUUCUCCUUCAUGACCCACCGGUUUGGCAGGAAUGUUCCCGUAUACAUUCACAUUCUCCUGGCCAAUCUAUAUGUUGUUGUUCCACCUGCCCUUAAUCCCAUCGUCUAUGAAGUGAGGACUAAGCAGAUUCGGGAGAGAGUUUCGAGAAUCCUUUUGAGAAAAGGCUGA